CCGGAAGCGACGCCAGAGGGCGGUGGCAGUGACAAGAUGGCGGCGAGCGGCGCGGUGGCUGCGGGCGGCCCGGCGGUCCCUCGGCAGGGCCUGGGGGGGUGGCUGCGGGGGCUGCUGCGCUUCGCCGCCGACAGGAACGACUUCCGCAGGAAUCUGCUGCUCAACCUGGGGCUGUUCGCCGCCGGCGUGUGGGUGGCCCGCAACCUGACGGACAUCGACCUCAUGGCCCCGCAGCCCGCGGCGUAGCGGCGGGAAGGCUCAGACCUGCAUGGCCGAGGAGUUCGCCAGGACCGCAAGCGCUGUGUGUAGCAGUUACAAGUUCCAAUACGCCCACGAGAGCAGCUCCUGUUCUCUGCAGAGCUCCUACUCUUACAUCAAACGUGUCCUGCUCAAAGCAAUGACAAUGGGGAAGAACUCAAGUAUGGAAGAGAGAAUUCCUGUUCAAUUCAUUCCACGAGGAAUUGAGAAUAGUCUCCUUGAAGAUGUGAAGCCCUUGCACGCAGAAUUUUUUUCUGUAUCACCAUCUAGAUGUCUAAUUUAAUAUUAAAGUAUGUAGAAUAACGACACGA